AGGGAAGGAAGAAAAAGAAGGCUAAAGCACUUUCAUUGGUCCCAUUCCAUGUCUCCUCACUAGUCCCCUUUGAUGUGAUCCUCCAAAAAAAAUUUGUCAUUUUCUUCCACUGCUAUUCUAUUGUCUUCUCCCUUCCAAAACCAAAACCAAAACCUUCCCUUUCUUCCUUGCUUCACAAAAUCAUAUACUAAAUGAAUCACUAUCACCAAUACUGACUCAGAUAUGUCCACCAAAGGAAAAGACAUAGCAGAAGGAUCAUCAAGAUCUUCUUCAUCUGCUACUUCUGCUAUUGUUUCUGAUCAUCAGCAGCAGCUACAACAACAUCAGCAACAACAACAACAUCCUCUGAGUAGGUAUGAAUCUCAGAAGAGAAGGGAUUGGAACACUUUUGGGCAGUACUUGAGGAACCAAAGGCCUCCUGUGGCACUAUCACAGUGCAAUUCCAACCAAGUGCUGGAUUUUCUAAGGUACUUGGAUCAGUUUGGGAAGACUAAAGUGCAUGCUCAAGGGUGUCUCUUCUUUGGUCAAGUUGAGCCACCUGGUCCUUGCACUUGCCCUCUAAAACAAGCUUGGGGGAGCCUUGAUGCUCUCAUUGGAAGGCUAAGAGCUGCAUAUGAAGAAAAUGGAGGAUUGCCUGAGACUAAUCCAUUUGCCAGUGGUGCCAUAAGAGUUUAUCUCCGUGAGAUUCGAGACUCUCAAGCUAAAGCAAGAGGGAUCCCUUAUAAGAAGAAAAAGAAGAAGAGGAAUCUCAUCAUCAAGCCCAACGGGGACAGCUCAAACUUACCUUUGCAGCAGUAAAUUUUUUGUUUGGCAUCUUCUUCUUCUGCUUAAUAAUAACAAUGGUAAAUUAGUUUUUCCUCACUCACUGUUAUAGAUUUGCUGAUAUUUUCAGAGGUUGACACGGAAAAGACUUGGUGCUGUUUGAAUCAUUGACAUUAUAUUAUCUGCAUAAGAAGAUCAUAUAAUUGAACAAUUAACAAGAUCAUUAAUUUGGACAAUAACUUGUUUAGGUGAGUGUCUACAGCUGGUUGAAUUUUCUAAACCAAGUUUACUACAAAAGGAAAUCGCACCAAACACAUAAAGGGUCCUUUGAAGGUGUUAUAGGGUCAAUUUUUAUCUCACCUAUAAUGCAUCUUAUACUUCAUUCAUAUAGCAAACCCUAGUGAUCCAUGGGCUUUUCUAAACCCUAAACAUCAUAUAUAAUUUUGAUAAAUGACAUAAUAACAGUGCUUGUUCACUUUACCUUCAUUUUUAUUUUUGUUUUCGCACAAUAUUUGAUUUAAUGAGGAUUUGAUAGGGCCUAUGGAGUACUCUCACAUCCAUUCUCUAUUUGUCCUUUCUCACAUUCAAGAUUGUGGUUUUUGAAUUUCAUAACAUUUCUAUGGUGCUUAUUAUAUAAAUGUACAUGUUUGCUUUUCCACACAAUCUUACUUCUUUUGGAUUCCCACUAUC